AUGUCGAAUUGGCAAAAGAAAUUCAAAGAUUUUGAAAUCUUGACCGAUUGGGAAAAAUAUGAGAAUCCUGAUAAACCAAAAUUAAAAUUGAACGAGUAUCGACUUAUAAAAAUCAAUUUCACAAUUUAUUUAGAAGUGAAAACACAGAAACCAGAAAUUACAUUUCUAAUUAAUAAAGAGAAUUUUCAUUUUCUGAAAAAAUAUACUUGGUAUUGUCGUAAAGAUAGAAACACAUAUUAUAUUUCUACAUGGAAUAAAAGAAAAAAUUUACGACUUCAUCGAAUGAUUCAUCCUGAAUGGAAGAUGAUCGAUCAUAUGAAUUGUGAUAGAUGUGAUAAUCGGGAAUGCAAUCUUAGAAAGACAUCACCGAGAGAAAAUGCUUUAAAUCGUAAAUUACAAAAAAAUAAUACAUCAGGAUAUAAUGGAAUUAGUUAUCACAAAACAAUUAAUGCUUGGGUAUUUCGUUGGUUUGAAAAUAAAGAAAAAUUUAAAUGGUUUUUAAUUACAAAGAAUAGAACUAACGAACAAGCAAAACAGUUAGCAAUAGAUUUCAAAAUGGAGCAUGAUAAGAAAACAGAAAAUAGAAAUGGUUAUAAC